GUAGAAGCCAGUCAUGCUCCAUAAAACGAGCCGGAGCGCGGCAUUGCUGACGAAUCCUUCGUCCGGCGCUCGCCUAGCUUUGCAGACUACAUUUCUUUCGACUGGACCGUCUCGACGAAGUGCUUGGUGUCGUGGAAUAACGCACUGCUUGUAACGGUUCCUUUGCCGCAGGGGGAGAGCUUUCAUCAAGCGAUGAAACCACCACGAGCAAUCUUGCUCGUGGCUGUGCUGGGCGCCAUAGCUCAUCUCAUUAGAGGAAACGAAGUUGUGAAGUUUGCUAGAACGCUUGAGGGUAGUGGUUCGCACCGGGAGCUCAAAACCGAUAUCAGCCUGCAACUGGAUGACAAGUUCCAGGGAGACUCGUGCAGGCUCUCCUUGGUAGAAAAUCUCCCAAGCUCCGUUUUUGCCGAUACGUUCCAACUCCAGCGCUUAACUCGGAUGGGAAGAUAUGAAGCAGCCCAUGUAUCCGGUGAUCUCGAUCUGGAGAGGCCAGCGUUUUUCUCUGGACCAGUCACCGUGAGAAUACAAGUCUCGCUGGAUCAAAACGCGAACGUCUUCCAUGCCGAGACUUCACUCCCUUUACACGCUCGUUAUGCGCCACUAGGCAUUGACAGCUACCACCUCAUAAACUUGAGCUCUCCAUCCGUGGCCGUGAGCUGCAAGAAGAAUGCGGAAGAACUCCAACUCGAGCUCGCUGCAAGCGAAGAAGUCCAAUGGCCAAUUCCAGCAGGGAACCCCGACGACGCCAGCACUGUGAAUCGAUUCACGGCGCUGGCCGCCGCUGCAGGGACGCUGGUCCUUUGCAGCAUCUCAGUCAUGAAGAAGAGGUGUCCUUGGUGUUGAUUUCUCCUCUCUCUCUCUCUCGCUCGCGCGGAAAGUAAAUGUUAUCUUUUUUGGCACACACCUCACCACCUCGAAAGUAGGGUAGUAAUUCUAGAAAUGGCUGACGAGAGGGAGAAGGUAUGGUUCGUCCGCGUCAUACACAAGCCCGUCCGCUUCUCACACCUGGUAUGUUCUAGCUUCCGCAUGAAUCAUAGCGAAAACUCCAAACUUUUCUUGAU